AUAAUACGUUUUCAAAUCUAUAAAGAUGGGCUUUGGCCGCAACGAUGAAUUGAAUUUUAUCAUCACAUCACAACAAACACUUCAACAAACACUUCACAUCUCUACAGCUCUCAAUAGCUACCUCUGUCAACAACCGCAAAACAAUAUUUUGAACUUUGAACUUCUAUUUCUUUCAAAAUGCAAUACCUCGCUGUCCUCCCUCUUCUCUACACUGCCGCAGCAGCCCUCGGCAUCAACUGUCGUGGCAAUGCCAACUGCGUCGGAACUCCCGAAUGCAGACUCGCUGAUCUGAUCUUGCAAGUCAGCCAACAAGAUCCAAGCACAUCAUACAGCCCUGGACAGCACAUUGCCUGCUGCGGCAUUCCUGGCGGCAACAUCUGCGCAUUCACUCAGGGCAUUAGCAACUCGAUUACAGCUGGAGAGGCAUUGGGUAUGCUGCAGGGACUGGAAUCCCACGGCUGUGGCCAGUGCGGCAGCAUUCCCUUCAAGGACAACAAUGUCGCUGAGGGACAGCUCACUGUCAACUGGACCGACCACUAAAUCAUCAGUUGAUCUUGCAUAACUGUUUAUGCGGUGCUUUUUUAUCUCUUAGCUAGUGUGCGCAACUUGAACAAGAUUUUUUCGUGGAGGAGAUGGCCAUCUCAAGGAAGCAGAUAUUUUUGAAAUACGAUCUUUUUAACCCUGG